GCGCGUGUAUGGAUGAGAUCGUCUUAAAGGAAACGUUUUGUCCUUCGAGCACAUCGUAAUGUCGUAAUGAAUGAAAGUCGCGUGAGAGGGAAGGAGCAAGUGUGAGGGACUGAACGAGUCGAGUGUAUGCAUGAGAGAGAGGGAGAGAGAGGGAGAAGAGAGAAAGAAAGAAAGAGAGAGGAGGAAGAGGAAGGAAUCGUGGGUGCCGAGGUUAAGAGAAAAUCGUGACCAAAGGGCGAGAAUGGUGGGGAUAAAGGGUGGAAAAAAGAGAAGAUCUCGCGCGCGUUUUUGUGUCCUCUAAACGGGAGGAGCAAUCGGAAGGACGAGUCUCGCAGAGAAGGGAGCAACGGUGCGGCGAAUACGUCGAAACGAACAACCGGCCCCGGAAGAGUGCGGACAACCGUAGACAAGUGAACCUUAGACAGGGCGAGGUUGAGAACAGAGAAAGAGCCGUAGUGUCGCGGGUGGUAAGGAUAAAACACGUAAACAGGUCACACGAGAGAGCCGUGUUAUCGGUGUCUCGUGCUCCGAGAAGGGGAAGUAUCGAGAUAUAUUGGCGGUGAGUGCGGUAUCGAGAGUAAUUAAGCAGUCGUGGGAUUAUUCGGUCAUAAUGGCUGAUCGCGAUUAACCGAGAGAGGCAGAGAACCCGUGUGCGUGAUCGCUGGUGUGCGCUGGCUGCAUCUGUCCAAAAGUAUCGCGACAGGAAUCGAGAGAACAGAGACCAGAGGGAAGGGGGCAAGUGUUAUCGGAAAAAUCGAAUGUUGUUAGCGGCCGUUGGCAGGAGUCGGGACGUCGACUGAGUGAGAUACAAGAUAAGCAAGGAGCGAGUUGACGACUCGUCGUGAUCCUGGUCGUGGUCGUCGGACGAACGUCGAUUCCCACCCCCCAGCCUCCAUCGCGUAGGAGAAGAGUCGAUGGGCUUGCGAGGAACACGGCUGGAUCGAGUCGAAGCGUGGCAACGAGCGGCGGUGGAGCACGAUUCGUGGCGGGCAGAUGAUUUUCGAUCGAUUGACGGUCGCAGACCAUCGCGCCACCGAGCACCGUUACGUGUGUAAGCUACCAUGCCGUCGGAAUGUCCUCGGAGAUGUGAACCGACGUUCAGUGACGACGACACUUAGCUGAGAUGUGUCAUAUCUGACAGAGGAUCGGAAGAACAGCGGUACCCACGACAUCUGGUUCUUUUAAAACGAUGCUUGGAUACAUUUUCGACGGAACGAGAAGGAGCAUACGGUGAUCAACGAUAUAACGAAAGAGGGAGGAAGGGGCAGAGGACAAAAGGGGGAAGAAAGCAUGGCACGUCGGUACUCGCGUGUGGCCCAGCGAAACGUGAAGAAUCGCGUCGCCGCGACGACGAUACGCAGGAAGCAGCACGAGCGAACCGAGACAAAGCACGCGACCGUAGCAACCCGUCUCCCGCGGCUCGUAAACCUGUCUCGAUUCUUGUGAGAGGCGCCCCGUCGACAUCGCUUUUUAUGUGUCCUCGUCAGAGCAGCGACGAGCGAGAGGAUUCGGCACAUUGCCCGUCGGCCGCACGUGCGCAUUGAUGGUCGAUAGUGAAACUUCUUCCCGGAGAGCCAGAUAGACGCGGAAUAAUCCUUAUGCUUUCUCUCGUGUCGGGUUUUCGUGUCGAACAGGUGUGAGAGACGGCCGCGCACGCACACCGCUGCCGAACGAACACGCGCAAUCCGUCCCAGAACGAAUAGUCAUAGAUAAAAAUAAAAGGAAGGAGAAUAACAAAAGCCGGAGAGGCGGUCUAUGUGGAGGCAUUCGAAAACGGAACCAUUCGACGGCCGCAAGGAGAAUAGUCGGUGACUAGUCGUACCAAUCGUGUGGAGCGUAUCGGGCGGCGAUAGAGAGGGCAGAUAGAAGAGGAGGAAGAACGGGCAUGGUUAAUAUACGAGGCGGUGUGAUCGUUUCGAGCAAGCAACAGCAGCAGUACAUGCUACGGUGAUCCGUAUCAAUUCGCGACUGUGAUUUUUAAGCUUAAGGUUUAAACAAAUAUUAAGAAGAACGAGAACGAGGAUGCGAGGUGGGAUGAAGCGAGAAGUGGAUGAAUAAUAUAAAAUAAUUAAACGCAAGCGAGAACGCAUAGGGGAAUUAAAAAAAAAAUCGUCCAUUGUGAUACUAAGAUAUACUAAAACGAGGAUUAGGUGAACACGUGCGCUCAAGGAGAUGGGUGUGAAUGAAAGGGGGCGCGACACAGAGUGUGCCAGGCUGAAAUGCGAGUGUAAUUAAUGGAAACGAUGGUCGAUCGCGGGGCAUGCGUCGGAUCUACAAACUGUGAUACACCGAUAACCAUACCGAGGAGAGCCUGAUGUUCGAUCACUAACGUCGAAUCGCGUGGUAUCCGACCUAUCCAUCCAGGAUUAAAAGAGGGAUGAAUCGCCGGUCUCGAAUCGUGUCUUCGGUCACUUCGUGAUUCCCCCGCAGUCAGUUCAGUCGUACAACAUACUGGAAGAUUCCCAAGAUCGCAAGCUUCUCCGCUAACCGUAACAAACUUUCCGUGAUCUAACUCAUAGCGCGGCGUCAGAUGCAAGAAGUGACGUUGAUCCCCACGAAGGCCUAGUGUGACAGCCUGGUGAUCGGGCGAAAGAGCCGCGGGGCGCAGGUGAACCAGGCGCGAGGACAGACGGCGAAGAGAGGAGUGAGAUUGGAUAAGCGUCGCCGGAGCCGCAGUCACCAGGCAAUCGUGUACCACCCCCUGGCCACGGGGGGUGGGACAGAAAGACCGUCAGCGUGGGUGCCGGUGCUGCAGGGGCGCGCCUGGCCCGUCGGCUCGCCCGGAGAUUAGCACGCCGACUAGCGGCUAGCUCGGGCCCGUUUCGGCGUACCGGCCUGGCGACCUCGGGGGGACUCACGUCGGCGGCGGUGGCCGUGGCGGCCACGGGGGAGCAAUCCGCUCCCCCAGCAGCUGCGCCACGGAAUACCACGACGAACGGGACCACCGCGAACGGGUCGAGCUCGAGCUACAAUCGCAAGAACAGAGCCAUGUCCAUGAGGAGCCUGCACCGACGCGUCUCUCACCCUUGCCAUGGAAUUGAGCACCGACAUGCCGCGAAACAAGAAAAACGUUCGUCACAGAAGCUCGAAACCUCCUGGCCAUUUUCCUUGGAGGGCGAGGGUGGCGGCGGUGGCGGCCGUUCCGUGACCAGCGCUGGUGGGGGUGGAGGAGGAGGUGGAGGUCGACGGGCACCGAGUCUACGCUUGGUGAACGGAAGAGCGACAACGGGGGUCAGUUUGCACACAAGCAGCGCCGAAUCCGUUCGUUCACCCCAUCACCACCUCGGCCAGCAGCAGGGAGGCGGCGGUGGAGGAGGGGGAGGCAACAAUAGUAAUAACAACAACAAUAACAACAACCAUAACAACAACAACAACAAUAACUGCCACGCCGGUAAUAACCCCGCCGCGAACAAUCAUCCACGGCUUAACAAAGAUGACAGCAUCAAGAUCAGCAUCGAGAACACCAACACUUGCACGGACAGCCUCGUCACUGCUCUAGACGACGAGACAUUGCUCAUCACCGAUUUCGUAGCCGACACAGGCAACGAGAUGAAUUACAAGGGCAGCGGGAAGGUCCACUUCGGAGUGGACGAUGUGUCCCUUUACGGGACGCCGAAGGAGGAGCUGGGCCCGGCGCUGCCGGGCCAGGAAGUCAAGCAGAGCUUCUUGAAGAAUCAGCUUCAGGCCCUGUUCCAGCCUACGGACAACAAGCUGGCCAUGAAGCUGUUCGGCAGCAAGAAGGCUCUGAUGAAGGAACGGAUCAGGCAAAAGGCUGCAGGUCACUGGGUCAUCCAUCCUUGCUCCAGUUUUCGAUUCUACUGGGACCUCUGCAUGCUCCUCCUACUGGUAGCUAAUCUGAUAAUUCUGCCAGUCGCCAUUAGUUUUUUCAAUGACGACCUAAGCACUAGGUGGAUAGCCUUCAACUGCCUUUCCGACACGAUAUUCCUCAUAGACAUCGUCGUCAACUUCAGGACAGGUAUAAUGCAACAGGACAACGCCGAACAAGUGAUCCUGGACCCGAAGUUAAUCGCGAAACACUACCUCAGGACUUGGUUCUUUCUCGACCUCAUUUCCUCCAUACCACUAGACUACAUUUUCCUCAUAUUUAAUCAAUUUCAGGACUUUAGCGAGUCCUUCCAGAUCCUGCAUGCUGGCCGUGCUCUCAGGAUCCUCAGGCUUGCGAAGCUGCUGUCGCUCGUUAGGUUACUACGGUUGUCAAGACUGGUGCGGUAUGUCUCGCAAUGGGAAGAGGUCUAUGUGAGUGUUUACCCGUUACCGCUUUAUAUUUUACUAAAGAGCACCGUUUCAUUUGAUACCUAUUUUAUAUAUAUAUAUUAUACAUAUUAUAGUAUAUAUAUGUAUAUAAACAUACAUAUAUAUAUAAUAUACACCUCAUAUAUAAUAUACCCACAGCUCGUGUGAUCCUUGUAUAAAAAG